AGGCAUGGGAUGGGAACAGACGAGUGUGUGUCCCAGCGCCACUGACAUUUUCCUGCGGUGGAGCGGACAGUUGGAGGGGGACCUGCGGAGCUCAUGAAGCCCAGCAGACACACGGACAGCCGGGACACAGGAGCGCUGCAGGGGGGCGCGAAAUGGAAGCGGUGAAGUGAAAAGCGGCCGACAAGCGGACUGUGUGGACGAAAAAAGCAUUAUGGCACUCCUCCUGUGGCUCGGCCUGUCACUGCUGGUGGCUGUCCGGUCCAGUGCCGUCAAGAACUGCCACCCUGGUUGCCACUGUGAGGUGGAAAGCUUUGGCCUGUUUGACAGCUUCAGUCUGACAAGGGUGGACUGCCGAGGGCUGGGACCCAGCGCCUCCAUGCCUAUCCCCAUCCCACUGGACACUGCCCACCUGGACCUGUCCUCCAAUGCCAUGGGCCCACUCAGUGACACCAUGUUAGCUGGUCCAGGCUACACCACCCUUAUUAGCCUGGACCUCAGUAACAACCAUAUUACAAAGGUAAGCCCCAAUGCACUAUCAAAACUGCGUUACCUGGAGACUCUUGAUCUGAGCCACAACCACCUGGAACACCUCUCGUCCAGCUGCUUCUCUGGACUCCCUCUGGCUGAAGUUGACCUAAGCCACAACAGCUUCCAGGAGUUCGACAUGGACUUGUUUACCGCUAAAGUUAACGGUGAACCCGUCAGUGUGGAUCUGUCUCAUAACAAGAUUGUGUCAGUCUUAGCCUCUUUGCAUGGAAGAGUCUUACAUAUUCAGAGCUUAAAUCUGUCUGCAAACCAGCUGUCAAGUGCACCAAGCCUUGCAGGACUUCCACUGAGGUACCUAAAUCUGGAUGGCAACCCCAUUACACAAAUCAAGGCGGGAGCCUUUGCUCAGCUGAAAGAUCUGGUUUAUUUAUCCAUAAGCGGCCUCCAUGAGCUUCAGCAAAUCGAACCGUACAGCUUCAAGGGUCUCCAGAGCCUGCAAGUUUUGGAUCUCUCCAACAACCCAAAGCUCAAGAAUCUGAGCCUUAAAGUGUUCAGUGGACUCGACUCCCUGCAAGAGCUGAAUUUGUCUGCUUCUGGCGUGACAUCUUUGCCAACUAACAUGCUAACCCACCUGCCCAGCAUUAGGAGUAUCACAUUGGCACAAAAUAUCCAGUGCUGGAGGACCCAGAAACAGGGGCAGUUCCACCGGCAGAUGGGACAGGUCCACCAUAAUGAGGUGCUGACCUGUAAUGUGGAGGGAAUUUUGUUAUGAGACUGUGCCUGUGAAAAUAGACCACUCCUUACAAUCCCGAUACCAGAGCUGUGCCUUAUUUGCUUUGAUAUGCAAAACACUUUUUUUGUGUUGCUCUCACUCAGUUACAUCUGCUCCAUGGUAAUAUUUUGUAAUGUGUCUUAAAGGUGUAAUGUAGCCUUCAUGAACUCCUAAUGCAACAUCAUACAUGCUGUUAUCUUUUAAUAGCACAGUGGAAAAAUGUGCAGCAUUUUACAUAGCACAGAACAAUUAUUCAUACACCUUAACAUACUGCGUAGACUAAACUGGUAGAGAACCUUUCAUGAAUCCAACAUUUUGGACUCAUGUUCUUCAAAGUGGGACCAUAUUAAGAGUUAUUUGCACUUACUCUAGUUGCAGGAUAUUUUUGAAUAAUGCACUUGACUAUGGGAAAAAUGUCAUCCAGUGUAAUACAAAGGCUGUGCAUUGCUCAUAAUAUCCGGACUGAGAGAUAUUGUACAACUGUUGACCACUAAUGUUUUUCAUUUGACUUUGAAUGUGAUGCUGAAUGGAAACGGUUAAAGGAAGUGUUUAUGGAAAGUUCCUUGAGAAGACUGACACCACUCUUUUGUCUGUAUUUUUAGUAUGAAGGUACAGCCAGUAGCUGAUUAGCUUAGCACAAAGACUGGAAGCCUGGGAAGCAGUAGGCUACUCUCAGUAUUGUCUGCAAUACAUGUAGUGGAGUCAGUGCCACAGCUCAGCCGAUGGUAUUGGUGGGUCAAGCCUAAUUUUAAUGGCUAACAAGUGUGUAAAAUACAUGACUGGAAAGUUACUAAACAACGACCUCAUCAUUUUCCCUUGUCAGUGUAUAUAUAAGUAUCAUCAGAAAUAUUAAAUAUUGAUGUUAGUAUUUACCCCCAAAUUUAGUAUUGGUCUGUCUCUUAUUAACACAUUGAAUUUAUUUAAUACGUACAAAAAACAGGUGUCAAAUUUGUGACUGUACACUUGUUGCCCAGUAUUUCAUCUGAAAUACACAAGAUAAACCUGUUGAGUAGGUGGAUUUUGUUGCCUUUUUAUAGGAUCAGGCUAUCUAUUGUCGAUAGAUUGUCGGUAGAUUGAGAGUCGAAGCCUGCCAUUCUGCUAUUUGUGUGCUACUGUUUUCAAAAUCCUUUUCACUGCAAGAAGGCACAACAACUUCGUAGAGGCAACCUAACAAACUGAAAAUGUCGGAUUUGGAUCAUGCAGUAAAGCACCUCUGCUUUUUUCAGCGAAUUAUCUAUUUUUUUGAUGGUGCUUGCCUUAUUUUGUGCAAAUGUUCCACCAAAUCAAUUCCCCAGUCACUGUUUUAAGGGGACUCUAUUCUUGCAUUCUUUACUUAGCUUUGCCCAAUAUGGUUGUGAUUGGUCUAAAGAAAUACAAACAAGCCAGAAUGAUAAUGUGGUGCAGUCAGACCAGUCUGCAAGUCUAGACUAUCUAUAUCUCCUUGUUUCCAGUCUUAUUGCUAAGCUAAGGUUGCUGGCUAAUGCAAGCAUUUUCCCAGAAAUGUCAAACUCUAUAAUCCAAGGACCAGAUUUUUUAUAUUAAGCACAGUGUGGAUGGGAAACUUACAGCCACAGUCACUCAAAAAAGGACCAUUUCAUUACUUGAAUUUUUGUCUCUGUGAGCCCAAACCAAACGUCUUGUCCAUUGUGUUUGGACUAUUUCUCUUCAUAAUAACACUACAUGUUUGGUGGAAAGCCUUCAGAAAUUAUUUACAAGCAGACUUUGUACAAAAUAUGGGACACUUUGUCUCAUAUUUAGUAAUGCCAUGAUGCUGGUAUGUAUUGAUGUUUAAACACCGAGCUGCACUGUGGGUUUUUUUUGUAACCUUACCUUGGCAUUCUUGUGGUAUUUAGAAGCUGAUUCGCCUCCGGACUGAAUAUCUGGGUAUGUCACUGUCAGUACCGUGAAAGGGACUGGAGACUUUUGAUUUUGCUCAUUUAAUGGAAUUCCAUCUUUCCAGUAUGUUUAUUGAAGAUCAGUUGGCCCAGUUUUGGUUAGAAAUUUAUAUUUGUAUGUGUGUAGCUAUAUUGUGUAUAUAUAUAUAUAUAUGAAUCAUAUGAAUAAUAAAUUGACUAUUCUCUCA